AUGGAACCCAAAUUGACCCAUGUCUUCACUCUUCGAGCACGUAUUGCUCGUGACAGUGUCUAUCUAGGUUCGGAUUCCGCUGGCUUCCAAAAACAGAUUACUGCCCUGGAGGGCGGGUUUUUCCUCGGUGUUCCCAACACACGAGGCGAGGGCAUGAAUGCCACGCUUGUCCCCGGUGGAAGUGACUGGGUGCUGUUUGACCCGGUCACGCAAGUUGCGCACAUUGAUGUUCGCACUCAGGGCAAGCUUCCGGAUGGAUCGGGCGUGUCCGUGCAGUACACGGGGUAUCUGUUGGUAGAUGAGAAAGCAAAACGAUUCAUGGCUCGCGGUCCGAAUGCCCGAUCCACGGAGUUUGGUGAUCAUCAUUGGUGGACACGACCUGUGAUUGAGACAAGUGCUCCUCAGUUCAAGUGGACAGAAUCGACUGUCUUUGUGGGCCAUGGGCGAUGCUGUUUGGAGAAUGACGAGCGAAUGGUUGAGUAUCAGAUCUUGGAGGUCGGCGUGUGA